GUCGCGCGAGACUCUGCGUGAGUUGGUUUGUUUCCUUUGUGUCGCGCGGGAGCAGCUAGCAGCUAAUCUGCGUUACAGCCGCUGUGUUAGCUUAGCAUCAGCUCCACGUCCAGUCCAGGACCCGCAUCAGAACCAGACUCCCCGGCCUCAGACAGUGAUCGAUCUGUGACGUCACCAUGGCGCUUCGAAGAGGACACAUCCGGUACCUGAAGGUGUGCGAGGUCCAGUCGUCCCAGAGUGACGUCAGAGACGCUCAGCUCGCGGCCAAAGGAUCCGUGGGAAAGGAGCUCUACGACAACGGCUUCAGUGACCAGAUGAUGGAGGACGAGGACGCCCGGACCAACCUGAUCGUGAACUACCUCCCGCAGAGCAUGAGCCAGGAGGAGCUCCGCAGCUUGUUCAGCAGCGUCGGAGACGUCGAGUCCGCCAAACUCAUUAGGGACAAAGUGGCAGGCCACAGUUUAGGUUACGGCUUUGUUAACUUUGUUAACGCUAGUGAUGCAGAGAGGGCUAUCAGUACCCUCAAUGGCCUGAGGCUACAGUCUAAAACUAUCAAGGUUUCGUUCGCGCGGCCGAGUUCGGACAUGAUCAAAGAUGCGAAUCUGUACAUCAGCGGUUUGCCGAGGACGCUGAGUCAGCCCGAGCUCGAGGACAUGUUCACUCGCUUCGGACGCAUCAUCAACUCCAGAGUUCUGGUGGACCAGGCUUCAGGUUUGUCUAGGGGUGUGGCCUUUAUCCGUUUUGAUAAGCGAUCUGAGGCCGAAGACGCCGUCAAACACCUGAAUGGAAACACGCCCCCUGGGACCGCUGAGCCAAUCACAGUUAAGUUUGCUGCCAACCCGAAUCAGGCUCGGAACUCGCAGAUGAUGUCACAGAUGUACCACGGCCAAUCACGGCGCUUUGCAGGACCCGUCCAUCACCAGGCGCAGAGGUUCAGGUUUUCUCCAAUGAGUGUGGACCACAUGAGUGGAGGGGGGGGGGUUUCUGGGAACGCGUCCUCCGGUUGGUGCAUAUUCAUCUACAACCUGGGACAGGAUGUAGACGAGGCCAUCCUGUGGCAGAUGUUUGGGCCGUUUGGUGCCGUCGUCAACGUGAAGGUGAUCCGGGAUUUCAACACAAACAAGUGCAAAGGCUUCGGCUUCGUUACCAUGACGAACUAUGAGGAGGCUGCCAUGGCGAUCCACAGCCUGAACGGGUAUCGACUGGGAGACAAAGUCCUGCAGGUGUCGUUCAAGACGAGCAAGGGACACAAGUAGGGGGGGGGGGGCGCAUCAACCCUGAAACAAGUUUUUGUUUUUUAUCUUUUUUCCCAGCAUGCUCGGUUUCUUUGACGUCACUUGUUGUAAAUGACGGCGGUUACUUAUGUAUCCACUUGUUAAUGUUUCACUGACAUCAAACUGAAGCUGUGGGGUCAAAGGUCAGAGGAAGUAGGCUUUUUUUUCUCCAUUAAUUAUAAAAAAACAUUUGUUGUGACGUAUCAGAUGAUUGACAGCUGUCUGGACCAAUGAGCAUGCAGGGGGCGGGGCUUGAGGUCACAUUCAGAAAUGUUCAAUAAAGAUUUUAUUUCCUGUUUUUAUAAAGUCAUAACAUUUAAUGUCGUGAUGUUUUCAUUUAGUUUAUUUUUGUAUUUUUAUUCAGAAAUAAAACAUUUCGUCAUUGAAACGU